CAGAGGCCGGGGGUGUUGCGUGCUCCUGACAAGAGGCCACCCCUGCCACUCUCAGAGGUCCGCGGCUGGGGCAGGGGCUGCGGGGACAGGAGGAGCAAUUUGCAGGGGACAGAAACUCCGGCUGUGCGGGAAGAAAAGCAGAAGGUGUGUGCGUCUUUAAGAGCGAGCCCGCCCCGAGGCCCGCCCCCUCCUCCUCAAAAUGAGCAGCUCCCACGCCAGGCACAACCAGAGCGGGGCUGCGGCCGGAGGAGGAGGAGGAGGUGACGACAAGGAGGCCGAGAUGCCGGCCACCGAGAAGGACCUGGCCGAAGACGCGCCCUGGAAAAAGAUCCAGCAGAACACCUUCACCCGCUGGUGCAACGAACACCUGAAAUGCGUGAACAAACGCAUCGCCAACCUGCAGACCGACCUGAGCGACGGGCUGCGGCUCAUCGCCCUCCUGGAGGUGCUGAGCCAGAAGAAGAUGUACCGCAAGUACAACCAGCGCCCCACUUUCCGCCAGAUGCAGCUGGAGAACGUGUCCGUGGCCCUCGAGUUCCUGGACCGCGAGAGCAUCAAGCUCGUGUCCAUCGACAGCAAGGCCAUCGUGGAUGGGAACCUGAAGCUGAUCCUGGGGCUGAUAUGGACGCUGAUCCUGCACUACUCCAUCUCCAUGCCCAUGUGGGACGAGGAGGAGGACGAGGAGACCAAGAAGCAGACCCCCAAGCAGCGACUCCUGGGCUGGAUUCAAAACAAGCUCCCCCAGCUGCCCAUCACCAACUUCAGCAAAGACUGGCAGAGCGGCAGGGCCCUGGGUGCCCUCGUGGACAGCUGUGCCCCUGGUCUGUGCCCGGACUGGGAUUCCUGGGACGCCAGCAAGCCUGUGAACAAUGCUCGGGAAGCCAUGCAGCAGGCGGAUGAUUGGCUGGGAAUUCCUCAGGUGAUCACUCCGGAGGAGAUUGUGGACCCGAACGUGGAUGAGCACUCGGUCAUGACCUACCUAUCCCAGUUCCCCAAGGCCAAGCUGAAGCCGGGGGCCCCCCUCCGCCCCAAGCUGAACCCCAAGAAGGCCAGAGCCUAUGGGCCAGGCAUCGAGCCCACUGGCAACAUGGUGAAGAAACGGGCCGAGUUCACUGUGGAGACCAUCAGCGCCGGCCAGGGCGAAGUGCUGGUGUAUGUGGAAGACCCCGCCGGGCAUCGGGAGGAGGCUAAGGUGAUUGCCAACAAUGACAAGAAUCGCACUUUCUCGGUGUGGUAUAUCCCCAAAGUGACCGGAACCCACAAGGUGACCGUGCUCUUCGCUGGCCAGCACAUUGCCAAGAGCCCCUUCGAGGUGAACGUGGACAAGUCCCACGGUGACGCCAGCAAGGUCACGGCCCAGGGACCCGGCCUGGAGCCUAGCGGCAACAUCGCCAAUAAAACCACCUACUUCGAGAUCUUCACCGCUGGUGCCGGUGUGGGCGAGGUGGAAGUGGUCAUCCAGGACCCGACGGGGAAGAAGGGCACCGUGGAGCAGCAGCUGGAAGACAAGGGCAAUAGCACUUACCGCUGUACGUACAAGCCUUUCCUGGAGGGUAUCUACACCAUCUACAUCACCUUCGCUGGAAUGCCCAUUCCUCGGAGCCCCUACACCGUCACCAUUGGGCAAGCCUGUAACCCCAAUGCCUGCCGAGCGGUGGGCCGGGGGCUGCAGCCCAAGGGUGUCCGCGUGAAGGAGACCGCCGACUUCAAGGUGUAUACCAAGGGAGCAGGAAGUGGCGAGCUGAAGGUCGUGGUCAAGGGACCAAAGGGAGAAGAGCGUGUGAAACAGAAGGAUCUGGGAGAUGGAGUGUAUGCGUUCGAGUACUACCCCACCGCGCCUGGAAACUAUAUUGUGACAAUCACAUGGGGAGGUCAGAACAUCUCCAGAAGCCCCUUCGAGGUGAAAGUGGGCACAGAGUGUGGGAACCAGAAGGUGCGGGCCUGGGGACCCGGCUUGGAAGGAGGUGUGGUCGGCAAGUCCGCCGACUUUGUGGUGGAAGCCAUCGGGGAUGACGUUGGCACACUUGGUUUCUCCGUGGAGGGCCCAUCGCAGGCCAAGAUCGAGUGCGAUGACAAGGGAGAUGGCUCGUGCGACGUGCGGUACUGGCCUCAGGAGGCCGGCGAGUACGCUGUCCAUGUCCUCUGCAACAACGAGGACAUCAAGCUCAGCCCCUUCAUGGCGGAGAUCAAGACCGCACCGAAGGACUUCCACCCGGAGAAGGUGAAGGCCCGAGGUCCCGGUUUGGAGAAGACAGGCGUGGCCAUCAACAAGCCGGCCGAGUUCACCGUGGAUGCCAAGAAUGGGGGAAAGGCCCCACUCAAAGUCCAAGUGCAGGACAGCGAGGGCUCUCCUGUCGAAGUCUCCGUGAAGGACAACGGCAACGGCACCUACAACUGCUCUUACGUCCCCAAAAAGCCGGUGAAGCACACGGCCAUGGUGUCCUGGGGGGGUGUCAACAUCCCCAACAGUCCCUACCGGGUCAACGUAGGAGCUGGUAGCCACCCCAAUAAAGUGAAGGUGUAUGGACCAGGAGUGGCCAAGACUGGCCUCAAGGCCCACGAACCCACCUACUUUACUGUGGACUGCACAGAGGCCGGCCAGGGUGACGUGAGCAUCGGCAUCAAGUGUGCCCCGGGAGUCGUGGGGCCGGCCGAGGCGGAUAUCGACUUUGACAUCAUCCGCAACGACAACGACACCUUCACGGUCAAGUACACCCCCCGGGGGGCCGGCAGCUACACCAUCAUGGUGCUGUUCGCUGACCAGGCUACACCUACCAGCCCCAUCCGCAUCAAGGUGGAUCCCUCCCACGAUGCCAGCAAGGUCAAGGCCGAGGGACCUGGGCUCAACAGGAGUGGCGUGGAGCUGGGCAAACCCACUCACUUCAACGUUAAUGCCAAGCCUGCGGGCAAGGCCAAGCUGGACGUCCAGUUCACCGGUCCUGCCAAGGGGGAGGCCGUGCAGGACGUGGAUGUCAUCGAUCACCAUGACAACACGUACACCGUCAAGUAUACGCCUGUACAGCAGGGCAACAUGGGAGUGAAUGUGACCUACGGAGGAGACCACAUUCCCAAGAGCCCUUUCUCCGUGGGUGUCGCCCAGACCCUGGACCUCAACAAGAUCAAAGUUUCUGGCCUUGGCGAGAAAGUUGAAGUCGGCAAAGACCAGGAGUUCACCGUCAAGUCCAAAGGUGCCGGGGGCCAGGGCAAAGUGGGUGCCAAAAUCAUCGGCCCUUCCAACAAGUCCGUGCCCUGCAAGGUGGAGCCGGGCCUGAGCGCGGACAACAGUGUCGUCAAGUUCAUUCCCCGGGAGGAAGGACCCUAUGAGGUGGAAGUCACCUACGAUGGUGUGUCCGUGCUAGGCAGCCCCUUCCCCGUGGAAGCUGUACCCCCAACCAACCCAUCUAAGGUGAAGGCUUACGGACCGGGUCUCAAGGGCGGCAGUGCCGGCUCCCCCGCCCCCUUCACCAUCGACACCAAGGGGGCUGGCAACGGAGGCCUGGGCCUGACCGUGGAGGGUCCCUGCGAGGCCAAGAUCGAGUGCCUGGACAACGGCGACGGCACCUGCUCCGUGUCCUACCUGCCCACGGAGCCGGGCGAGUACAGCAUCAACAUCCUGUUUGCCGACAGCCACAUCCCCGGCUCGCCCUUCAAGGCCCAGAUAGCCCCCUGUUUCGACCCCUCCAAGGUCAAAUGCUCAGGGCCCGGGCUGGAGCACGCCACCGUCGGGGAGGCCGGCCAGUUCCACGUGGACUGCUCCAGCGCCGGAAGCGCCGAGCUGACCAUCGAGAUCAUCUCGGACACCGGCAUGCAGGCCGAGGUGCGCAUCCAGGACAACGGGGACGGCACCUAUACCAUCACCUACAUCCCCCUCUACCCGGGCAUCUACACCAUCACCAUCAAGUACGGUGGCCAGAUGGUGCCAGACUUCCCCAGCAAGCUGAAGGUGGAGCCGGCCGUCAACACCGCUGGCGUCAAAUGCUACGGCCCUGGUGUGGAGGGCAAAGGUGUCUUCCGGGAGGCUACCACCGAAUUCAGUGUGGAUGCCCGAGCCCUGACCAAGGCCGGAGGCCCCCACAUCAAGACCCGGGUGUCCAAUCCAUCAGGCAACCUGACUGACACCUAUGUGCAGGACAACGGAGAUGGCACGUACAAAGUGGAGUACACGCCUUAUGAGGAAGGUGUCCACUCUGUGGAUGUGACUUAUGAUGGCAGCCCGGUGCCCAGCAGCCCAUUCCACGUCCCUGUGACUGAAGGGUGUGACCCUGCCAGGGUCCGGGUCCACGGGCCUGGCAUUCAGAGUGGCACUACCAACAAACCCAACAAGUUCACUGUGGAGACCAGGGGAGCAGGCACCGGGGGUCUCGGUUUGGCUGUAGAAGGCCCCUCAGAAGCCAAGAUGUCCUGCACGGACAACAAGGACGGCAGUUGCUCUGUGGAAUACAUUCCUUAUGAGCCUGGCACCUACAGCCUCAACGUCACCUAUGGGGGCCACCAAGUUCCAGGCAGCCCAUUCAAGGUGCCGGUGCAUGAUGUAAUAGACUCGUCCAAGGUGAAGUGCUCAGGGCCUGGACUCAGCCCUGGGGUGGUCAGAGCUAACGUCCCACAGUCCUUCCAGGUGGAUACCAGCAAGGCUGGGGUGGCACCGCUCCAGGUCAAAGUUCAAGGCCCCAAAGGGGUGGUGGAGCCAGUGGAUGUGGUGGACAACGCCGACGGGACCCAGACGGUCAACUACGUGCCAAGCCGAGAAGGUCCUUACAGCAUCUCUGUGCUUUAUGGGGAUGAAGAGGUGCCACGCAGUCCCUUCAAGGUGAAGGUCCUGCCCACUCACGAUGCCAGUAAAGUGAAGGCCAGCGGUCCCGGACUCAACACCACCGGUGUGCCAGCCAGCCUCCCGGUGGAGUUUACCAUUGAUGCCAAGGAUGCUGGCGAGGGCCUUCUGGCUGUCCAAAUUACGGACCCCGAAGGGAAGCCCAAAAAGACAACCAUCCGCGACAACCAGGACGGCACCUACACGGUGUCCUACGUGCCGGACAUGACUGGCCGCUACACCAUCUUGAUCAAGUACGGUGGAGAUGAGAUCCCCUACUCCCCCUACCGCAUCCGGGCCCUGCCCACCGGCGAUGCCAGCAAGUGCACCGUCACAGUGUCAAUUGGAGGUCACGGGCUAGGCGCCGGCAUCGGGCCCACCAUCCAGAUCGGCGAGGAGACGGUGAUCACGGUGGAUGCCAAGGCUGCGGGGAAGGGCAAGGUGACUUGCACGGUCUGCACCCCUGAUGGCUCGGAGGUGGACGUGGACGUGGUGGAGAACGAGGACGGCACCUUCGACAUCUUCUACACGGCCCCCCAGCCAGGAAAAUACGUUAUCUGCGUGCGCUUUGGUGGCGAGCACAUCCCCAACAGCCCCUUCCAAGUCAUGGCGCUGGAUGGUGAUCAGCCGGCCGCUCAGCAGAUGAUGCCACAGCAGCUAGCCCCACCCUACCCAUACCCGCCGGGCAUGCAGCAACCCUGGGCAACCGACCGCCCGCUGAUGGGAGUGAACGGAUUGGAUGUGGCUGGCCUGCGACCUUUUGACCUGGUCAUCCCCUUCACCAUCAAGAAGGGAGAGAUUACAGGUGAAGUCCGCAUGCCAUCUGGAAAGGUUGCGAAACCAGAUAUCACGGACAACAAAGACGGGACCGUGACGGUGAGGUACGCCCCAACGGAAGCCGGGCUGCAUGAGAUGGACAUCCGCUACGACAACAUGCACAUUCCAGGAAGCCCCUUGCAGUUCUACGUGGAUUACGUCAACAGCGGCCACGUGACAGCCUAUGGACCGGGACUCAUCCACGGGGUGGUCAACAAGCCGGCUGUCUUCACCGUCAACACGAAGGAUGCCGGCGAGGGCGGCCUGUCCCUGGCCAUCGAGGGUCCUUCCAAGGCCGACAUCGGCUGUACCGACAACCAGGAUGGCACCUGCACGGUCUCCUACCUCCCCGUCCUGCCUGGCGACUACAACAUCCUGGUCAAAUACAACGAUAAACACAUCCCCGGCAGCCCCUUCACAGCCAAGAUCACAGGGGACGACUCCAUACGCAUGUCCCACCUGAAAGUGGGCUCUGCCGCGGACAUCCCCCUCAACAUCACCGAGACGGACAUCAGCCAGCUGACCGCCACAGUCAUCCCGCCCUCGGGCCGCGAAGAGCCCUGCCUACUCAAGAGGCUGCGCAACGGCCAUGUUGGCAUCUCCUUCGUCCCCAAGGAGAUUGGCGAGCACAUAGUGAACAUCAAGAAGAACGGCCACCACAUCCCCAACAGCCCCAUCACCGUGACCAUCAGCCAGUCGGAGAUCGGGGACGCCAGCCGGGUGCGGGUCUCGGGCCCGGGCCUGAGUGAGGGCCGGACCUUUGAGCCUGCGGAAUUCAUCAUCGACACCCGGGACGCAGGCUAUGGUGGCCUCAGUCUUUCCAUCGAGGGCCCCAGCAAGGUGGACAUCAACACCGAGGACCUGGAAGAUGGCACCUGCAAAGUCACCUACUGCCCCACAGAGCCUGGCAACUACAUCAUCAACAUCAAGUUUGCGGAUCAGCACGUGCCAGGCAGCCCAUUCUCCGUAAAGGUGACAGGAGAAGGCCGGGUCAAGGAGAGCAUCACCCGAAAACAGCGUGCCCCCUCGGUGGCCAAUGUUGGCAGCCAUUGCGACCUCAGCCUGAAGAUUCCAGAAAUCAACAUCCGGGACAUGACGGCCCAGGUGACCAGUCCUUCGGGCAAGACCCACGAAGCCGAGAUCAUGGAAGGCGAGAACAACACCUACUGCAUCCGCUUCGUGCCCACUGAGAUGGGCGUCCAUACGGUCAAUGUCAAGUACAAGGGCCAGCACGUCCCCGGAAGCCCCUUCCAGUUCACCGUGGGGCCCUUGGGAGAAGGCGGGGCCCAUAAAGUGCGGGCCGGAGGCCCUGGCCUCGAGCGGGCAGAAGCCGGGGUGCCAGCGGAGUUCAGCAUCUGGACCCGAGAGGCCGGGGCUGGGGGUCUGUCCAUUGCCGUGGAGGGUCCCAGCAAGGCUGAGAUCGCUUUCGAGGACCGGAAGGACGGUUCAUGUGGCGUGUCCUACAUCGUCCAGGAGCCUGGUGACUACGAGGUCUCGGUGAAGUUCAAUGACGACCACAUCCCCGACAGCCCCUUCGUGGUGCCCGUGGCCUCUCCUUCGGACGACGCUCGCCGCCUCACUGUUUCUAGUCUUCAGGAGUCAGGGUUAAAGGUCAACCAGCCAGCCUCUUUUGCAGUCAGCCUCAACGGGGCCAAGGGCGUCAUUGAUGCCAAAGUGCACAGCCCGUCCGGGGCCCUGGAGGAGUGCUACGUCACUGAGAUAGACCAAGACAAAUACGCCGUGCGCUUCAUCCCCCGCGAGAAUGGCAUCUACCUGAUCGACGUCAAGUUCAACGGCUCCCACAUCCCCGGCAGCCCCUUCAAGAUCCGCGUCGGGGAGCCCGGGCAAGGCGGGGACCCGGGCAUGGUCUCCGCCUACGGGGCCGGCCUGGAAGGGGGCAUCACAGGGAGCCCGGCCGAGUUCAUCGUGAACACCACUAGCGCGGGAGCGGGGGCUCUGUCCGUCACCAUCGACGGCCCCUCCAAAGUGAAGAUGGACUGCCAGGAGUGCUCCGAGGGCUACAAGGUCACCUACACCCCCAUGGCGCCUGGCAGCUACCUGAUCUCCAUCAAGUACGGGGGUCCCUAUCACAUUGUGGGCAGCCCCUUCAAGGCUAAGGUCACAGGCCCCCGCCUGGUGAGCAGUCACAGCCUCCACGAGACCUCCUCCGUGUUUGUGGACUCGGUGACCAAAGCGGACGCGGUUCUGCAGCAGGGAGCCCCGCCCAAAUUCCACUCCGACGCCAGCAAAGUGGUGGCCAAGGGGCUGGGGCUCAACAAGGCCUUUGUGGGCCAGAAGAACUCUUUCACCGUCGACUGCAGCAAAGCAGGAAACAACAUGCUCUUGGUCGGGGUCCAUGGGCCGAAGACCCCGUGUGAGGAGAUCCUGGUGAAACACCUAGGCAACCGGCUGUACAGUGUCACCUACCUGCUGAAGGACAAGGGCGACUACACCUUGGUGGUCAAGUGGGGGGACGACCACAUCCCCGGGAGCCCCUUCCACCUGACCGUCCCUUAACCCUGCCCUGGGCCUCCAGCCCCAACACACCCCAUCCCCAGGAGAGAGCCCUUCCUUGCCCAGACUCCUCCGCUGUGUGCCAACUCGCCUAACACUGUCUUAGCGUGCCCCCCCACCCCACCCACCUCCUUCCCCCGAAACACAGCAUCAGCCCUGAGGUAAUCCUGCCUAGGUGACCGAGUUU